AUGGCGACAGUUGCCGCGAGUGAGAGCAGUCGCAAUAUCCUUGGCUGUUGCAUCGAUGUGGUCAAAAGGCACUUGCCCAGCUUUGCUCGGAGAUUUGGCCCCGAUAUUAUGACUCGUGCUCCCACAAGAGCUAAUACUCCCACUAUGCGCUCUACCAACGCCCCAGCCACAGAUGGGUUAGUUAAGGGCCCGAAGCUUAAUGGAGAGCGAUAUGCCAACUCGGGUGCCUAUCUUGUCUAG